AUGGUCUCUUUUCUUUUUCACAUCUCACAGUCUCUUUUCUUCCUAAUAUCUCCUUGUUUUUCUUCUUCAUAUCUCCUGGUCUCUUUUCUUCUCCACAUCUUCCCGGUCUCUUUUCUUCUCCACAUCUUCCCGGUCUCUUUUUUCUUCUCCACAUCUUCCCGGUCUCUUUUCUUCUCCACAUCUUCCCCGGCUCCUUUUUCUUUCCACAUCUUCCUGGUCCUUUUCUUCUCCACAUCUUCCUGGUCUUUUCUUCUCCACAUCUUCCCGCUCUCUUUUCUUCUCUUCCCGCAUCUUUUUCCUCCACAUCUUCUUUUCUUCUCCACAUCUUCCCCCGCUCUUUUCUUCUCCACAUCUUCCCGCUUUCUUUUCUUUUCUCCCACAUCUUCCCGCUCUUCUCCACAUCUUCCCCGCUCUUUUUCUUCUCCACAUCUUCCCGGUCUCUUUUCUUCUCCACAUCUUCCCGGUCUCUUUUCUUCUCCACAUCUUCCCGCUCUCUUUUCUUCUCCACAUCUUCCCGCUCUCUUUUCUUCUCCACAUCUUCCCGGUCUCUUUUCUUCUCCACAUCUUCCCGGUCUCUUUUCUUCUCCACAUCUUCCCGGUCUCUUUUCUUUCCACAUCUUCCCCCGGUCUCUUUUCUUUCUCCACAUCUUCCCGGCCUUUUUUCUUCUCCACAUCUUCCCGCUCUCUUUUUUCUCUCCACAUCUUCCCGGUCUUUUUCUUCUCCACAUCUUCCCGCUCUUUUUCUUCUCCCACAUCUUCCCGCUCUCUUUUCUUCUCCACAUCUUCCCGCUCUCUUUUCUUCUCCACAUCUUCCCGCUCUCUUUUCUUCUCCACAUCUUCCCGCUCUCUUUUCUUCUCCACAUCUUCCCGCUCUCUUUUCUUCUCCACAUCUUCCCGCUCUCUUUUCUUCAUUAUAUCACCCUGAUCGAUUACAACUUAAUAUCUAACUGA